GCACAUAAUCUUCGUUUAUGCGCUCGUAUUUUCCAAAUGCAAUGUCCGGCCAUUGUUGCAGGUGUUGCAGAGGAUUAAUAUAACACUCGCUCGUGAUCAUCGACACUUUUGCGAUGGCGGAGGGAACACAUUUUGAUCCAGUCAGCAGUGCCAUUUCGUAGUAUAUAAACGACAGAGGUGGAAAGGGCUUUCAAGACGUCUCCGACAUCGCAAUGCUAACUGUCUCAUUCGCCCUCCUCGCUCUCGUCGGGCUUUCUUCUGCUAUCGGGCCUUCUCCGAACCAAAUCAAAAAUCUCGUUACCUUUGGAGAUUCGUACACCGACGUCGUAUCUACAGGUGACGGUGGAGUUGCCUGGCCGAUUUAUGCUGCAAGGGAUGGCAACUUCAAGCUCUUUCCGUUCGCGCGUUCUGGCGCGACUUGCUCUAACAAUCUCACAUCUGUUCCCUUUCCGUCGCUUUUCGAAAGUCAGCUACCUCUCUAUUUCUCUGAGAAGGCAAACGGAUCGCUCCGUCUCAUCCCUGACGAGACCAUCUAUACUUUAUGGAUUGGAACCAAUGAUGUUGGCGACACCGCGUUGCUGACGGGACAUCAGGCGCCCGGUGUCACUCUAGUCGAUACUGUCAGUUGUGCGGUCAACUGGAUUUCGACACUUUAUAACAGCGGGGCUCGCAAUUUUUUAUUUCAAAAUAUGGUUCCCUUACAACACGUUCCUCUGUAUUCUUCCGAUUCGUACCCCAAUCGCUACUGGACUGCCCAACGAAAUACAACGGAGUGGAGUCUCUUCAUGACAGAGCUGGUUAAUUCCGGCAAUGCGUUGUCGAAGCUCAUGCUGCAGACUCUUGCACCUACGCUUCACGGGGCACACAUCGGACUGUUCGACUCCUAUGGGCUCUUCUCGGACAUCAUCGCUCAUCCAAUGAACUACCUCAACGGAACCGCACCACUGAACGUGACAGGCGCGGCGCAUGCGUGUGUCUUUGAGUUGAAUGAAAGUACCUCACAGACUGGGGUCUGUACCGACGCGGUUGGGCCUGCCGCGGAUAGCUUCCUGUGGUUCGAUGAAUUGCAUCCUUCUGAGCAAACUGAUAGAGUUGUCGCGAGAGAAGUCGCCGCGGCGAUCCGGCGCAAGAGUAGCAAGUGGACGACUUGGUUCAGCUAGAUGAUCAUCUGCUUCCUCACCUGCCUUUAGGCUUUGUCAGCUUUCAUGUUACCUUUUCACAGUAAGUAUACAAGCCAGGCACGUGGUGAGAAAAAGAAUCAAGGAUCGUAUCUAUGUGCGACGCCCAUGAGUAUGUUAUGAUCAGCGAUUACCCUAGUUGCACUGAGACUGUGCCAAGCACGAGCCCAACACUCGAAAACGUUGGUCCCGCUUUACGGCUCUAUCGGCCGAACGUCUCCGGGCCGGACUCCUCGAGAUAUUCUAAGUAAUUGGGGAUCCAGAACGUCCAGGACCGGAGCUCCACCCUGCAUUGCUGCUGAACAAUUUCUUCAGCCACCAUUCAGUAUCUUCUUCAACUCGUGUCCCGGGAUCGUAUGCUUUCUAUUACAUAUGAAAGGCAUCGUUUAUGCGGCUAUGUCGAACCGAAGAAUAUAACUGCCAUCUCAGUC